CUGAGGCCAAGUUCAUCCGCUCACACGCGCUAGGAAUGGCAUUGCUACCAGAUCAAACAACAACACAGUCUAUGGGAACAUUCACAAAGACAGCAACAAGCUCAUUUACACAUGUUCUGCUGCACAUUAGGGCAUAGCAAGUUGAGAGAACCUGUUCCGGAGACACCUCACACAAACAACAGCAUAUAGAGCACCUGUCAAGAGGAGAGGGUUUCAGUCCUUCAAAGAAGGAUAAAAAACAUCACACUUCAAUUGUUGGAGACAAACUGAACGCUUCGGCGUUAUUUUGAAGUUUUUCCGGGCGAAUUUUUCACACUAGCCUAUCAUCACAUCUCGGCAUCCUUACAAAUAGCAUCGGUCCUGUUUUGGAAGUGACGCUGUGCCAACAGUAGUGGAGUGCAUAAAAUACUGUAACUUUUUGCAAUCCUCUAAUCUAGGUUUAACGAUUUGGUCAGCGACCUACUGCCAACUUCUGUAUUGCCUAUAAUGUAAGUGCAAAUAGUUAUCUAUUUCAAAACUUGAUCUUGCAUUGUUUUGUUCGUAAUAACACGUGGAUUGGAAUUUUGGGAAAUGAUGCUGAGCGCACGGAGGAUGCAAACCAGUCGGAGAUUGUGGCUUUAAGGCUUUUAUUUUUCUAAUCGUCUAAGCAAACCUUAUGCUAUUUGAUUAUCUUAAAGAGAUAACAUUUCCGUAAAUUCAAAAUAAUGUUAUUGUUGAGCUUUUUAUGACAAGAAACCGGUUCCAAAGAAGCGCCUGAAAUGUGUUAUCCUGUUGAACUUUUUAGGUAAAAGUUCCUGACCGCCUGUCACUUCUUAUAUUUCAACUUCUAGAUCACCAGUCAUCAAUAAUCCUAAUUAAUGUUCAAUUUUUACAUAGAGAACAUGCUAAAGUAAAUUAAUAUAUCUUAUUUCUGAAUAGUUCAGUAACAUAAGGCUCGACUUUACAAUCUUUUACGCAAGAAUUACGCGUAAUGUUGCAAUAGCCUAUUUGGCACAACCGAAUCGAAAUGUUAUCAUUCUAGAUAAAGAACAAUAUUCACUGAUCUCCACUGUCUCCAACUACAAACCCGUGCGUAGAGGACGCGUUUCCUGCCCUGCACAUCACUGGCAUCAAUGUCAUUGCUAACCUGAAAGCUGUACAGAGAAAUCAAGACGUAUAAUGGCCGAUGAGCUGGUAACCAUCACUAAUGGGAUUGUGGUGUGACUUGUUCGGCUGGAGGGACGGCUGCUGCUAUUCGUUGAAAUAUCUCCAUAGACUCAGUGCGUGUUCAAUCUACCAGAGCGGGGAUGAUCAGAAUCUUCCCGGAUUUCAGCGUUCAGGUGGCGGCGGCAGGUGGAGGAGCCGGGGGAAUGCCAUCAGGUCACGCCAUGGGGAGAGUCCCGGGUUCAACUAACGGGAACCCGCAGAACGUCCAGGGGAUCACCUCGUAUCAACAAAGGGAAAUUAAAACCCUACACCCUUUCUGCUUGGAGGAAACAGUGGAGGAGGCCGUAGAUGCCCAAUUCAUGUCCAAAUUUCCCCACGACCCUUACUGGGAGAGGCCUGCUAAUGCCAGCUCCUGUUCAGCCUCUAGGCCCAAGACACUCCACCUUGGAGGAGGGCAACAACAUACCUCAUCGCCAUGGUUGCAGGCUCUGAGGAAGGAGAAGUCCCGGGAUGCGGCUCGCUCGCGGCGGGGGAAGGAGAACUUUGAGUUCUAUGAGCUGGCUAAGAUGCUGCCCCUGCCCGGGGCCAUCACCAGCCAGCUGGACAAGGCUUCCAUCAUCCGCCUCACCAUCAGCUACCUUAAGAUGAGAGACUUUGCCAACCAGGGGGACCCGCCAUGGAACCUGCGCAUGGAAGGCCCACCGCCCAACACCUCCGUCAAAGCUAUAGGAGAUCAGCGAAGGAGGACUCCCAGUGCGGUAGCCUCAGAGAUCUUCGAGCCACACCUCGGGAGCCACAUAUUGCAGUCCCUGGAUGGAUUUGUAUUUACACUAAACAAGGAGGGAAGGUUUUUGUACAUCUCUGAGACGGUGUCUAUAUACCUGGGGCUUUCGCAGGUGAGUGCAACAACCGUCAAUGCCUUGUCGCUACUACUGCGCUUUCCCCCUCUGUUUCUUUUGUUUAUCAGUGGCCGCUAGAAGACAAUUCAGACAAAUUAUAGCUCAUUUAACAUCUCAUCAGCUUGUUCGCCCUGUAGUUAAUUUGCAGCCAUCAAUGCUGCAUAUUUUAUCAGAGGGUGCUUUUCAUCUCAGUGGUGUGUUAACGGGUCCUCGUCUACUAUUGGCCGGUUCAAGUACAUGUCAAUAAACAGACUGAGCUGUCUCAGAGGUCAAACGUCAGGGGGAGUGACCUUGAAGAUUCUAAUGGUUCCAAACACCAUAGCUUUGUUUCCAGGGCUAACAGACAGACAGACAGACUAGAAAGCAAACACACACACAGGUCUAUAGAAGAAUGACUAGAGACUAUACAGAGCCUAUCUCCCAACUGUCACGAUCGUGUGGAGGAUUGACGGACCAAAACGCAGCAGUAGGAAAAUAAGCCAUAUUACUUUUAAUGAAUACGAAGGCAAAAACGAAACAAAAACACUUACACACUAACAAAACAAGAAAACGAUCUUGAAGCUAUGAACGAAGUGCACAUACAGGCUACAAACGUAUAACAUAGACAACGCUAGACACAUGCACUCAACACAAACCCAUACACUACACCCAACACCCCCUUUACCAUAUAAUCACCCAAAACCAACAAAACACAAACAUUCCCCAUGUCACACCCUGACCUAACUAAAAUAAUAAAGAAAAACAAAGAAUACUAAGGCCAGGGCGUGACAUAACCCCCCCCUUAAGGUGCGAACUCCGGGCGCACCAUUACACAGUCUAGGGGAGGGUCUGGGUGGGCUUCCUUCCACGGUGGCGGCUCCGGCACUGGUCGUGGUCCCCACCCCACCACAGUCACUAACCGCCUCCUUAGCUUCCUCCAAAUGACCCCCCUCCACAUUAACCCCACUGAAUUAAGGGGCAGUUCCGGACUAAGGGGCAGCUCCGGACUAAGGGGCAGCU